UCGCCAGAUGCUGACACAACUUUAUUAUUCGUUCGGCCUGUUUCAACUGGUUCAACUCAAAUGGAUCUUCCAGCUGGAAUCCCCGUAGAAUUCUUAGUUGGCUUUAAAAAUAAAGGCCAACAAAGUUUCAUUUUAGAAACGAUUGACGCAUCGUUCCGUUACCCCAUGGAUUUUAAUUAUUACAUCCAAAAUUUCUCGGCGAUUCAUUACAACAGAGAAGUUAAACCAAGCCAAGAGGCGACAUUAGCGUACAGUUUUGAGCCAUCAGAAAGUUUUGCUGGACGUCCCUUUGGUUUGAGUAUUAACUUAAAUUAUCGCGACGAAUUUGGGGCUGCUUUCCAAGAGGCCGUUUUUAAUGAAACCGUGCAAAUUAUCGAAUUGGAGGAGGGACUCGAUGGCGAAACUUUCUUUUUGUAUGUCUUUUUGGCAGCCGGCGUUGUUUUGCUUUUGGUUAUUGGACAACAAACUUUGUUAUCAGUCGGGCGUAAACGCACAGGUCGGAAAGCACCUGUUGAAACUGGAACUAGUAACCCAAAUAACGUUGAUUACGAAUGGGUACCAAAACAAGCUUUAACAAAUAGUAAACAACAAAAAUCUCCAAAGACACCCAAACAAAGUCCAAGACAGCGUAAAGUUAAACGUAAUACCGGUUCGGAAUAGUGACUGAAAGUUAAAUCUUAAAAGUUGUUUUUUUUUACAAUUUUUUUCUUUUGUAAUUUAUUAAAGAUCCCUCAUGCUUGUUGUUUUUCUUCGUAAUAGUAAGCUUAAUGAGUUUCCGUUUUUAAGACAUAUUAUUUUUAUUCAUUUAAAAUUGUAUUUUUCUAUUUCUUUCAUAUACAAAGUUGUGAUUUACUGGUUAAAAAUUAGUUAAUGAGUGGAUGCAAUGUGUAUAUAUUAUGCACAAAAAUCAUCAUUGUCAUUUUAUACAUUCAUCAGUCUUCUAAUAAAAAACGGUUUUUGUA